GUCACGACAUGGGCGUGCACGCGCAACUGGCCGCCGUCAUGGAGUCGCUCGUGCACGCCGCCGUCUCUCAGCUCCGGAAGCUGGAAGAGGAAGCAAAAGAAUCCGAAAAGGAAGAGGAGCGGGGACAGAAGGUGCCUCGCUCCAAGAAGCGGCGGCCGACCUUUCGGCGUCUGCUGAAAACCAGCAGCGUGAAGCUGGACAACAAGAUGAAGAACCGGCAGAUGAAGCAGCAGAGCUCGGCUAAUAAGCAGCGGAAAGAGCAGAAGAAGAUGCGACGGGCGCUGAAAGGCUCCGCCCACAGCAUGCCCCGCCCACUAGAGACUUACGUGAAGAGAGCAGAGGAAGAGGAGGACUUCCUGGAGAGUCUUCCCACCGACAUGAUGGACGACAGCGACCUGCAGCAGAUGACCUCCUUCCUCGGACGGGACUUGUCGUCAUGCGCCCCGGUGCACGGCGCCAAGAAGCGAAGGUCGGACGUCCUUCCCAGUUAUGAGAAGGUUCCCAGGAAGAUGAGUCGUGUCCAAGAGAAGGAAGUAGUCCACCUGCUUCCUAUCAAGGACAAGACCGGGGUCAUCCCACAGAGUCUGGAACGAGUAGUAAGGUCCAAGCAGCCAGAUGAAGAUGACGAAGAGGAUGAAGAAGAAGCAACACUAGAGGGCGACAAAGAAGGGGCGGAGCCACAGAUUGUGGCGACACUGACGCAGGAGGAGAGAGAGAGCGUGCGAGCUCAGAUGAUUAGAGAGAGGAGACUGACAAUCGCCCGACUGGCAUCCGGCGUCAUCUCUGACCCCAUCAACAAUUUUAAGUGUGUGAAGCAGCUGCGGGGGAUGCUAAUGGAGGCGGAGUCUUGCGUGGCGGUGACGGUCAGGAAACUGGUGAUGGUGUCGCUAGUGGAGAUCUUUAAAGAUAUUACCCCCUCCUACAAGAUACGACCUCUCACCUCUGCAGAGAAAGCCACCAAGGUGAAGAAAGAGACGAAGCAGCUGCGGGAGUUUGAGGAAAGUUUGCUGAGUCAGUACAAGUUCUUCCUGGAGGACUUGGAGCAGACCAUCAAAGACUGGAAGCAGCAGAAGAAGAAACGCAGCCAGAAGGUGGCGCUAGAGUCUUACAGCAGCCUGGCACAGGUGGCCGUCAGGUGUCUGUGCCAGCUGCUGCUCGCCAUGUCACACUUCAACUUCCACAACAACAUCAUGGUGGCUUUGGCGCCGCUCAUGAACGACAAGACCGUAUCCCAGAUGUGCUGCGACGCCUUCGCUGCACUCUUCAACCAAGACAAAGUGGGCGGGGCCUCUCUGGCUGCCGUACGUGUCAUCUCAGGUCUGGUCAAGAGUCACAACUACAACAUCAGGCCGCAGGUGCUGAGGACGCUACUGAGUCUGAGGAUCAAGGAAGUGCACGUAAAGAAGGACCUGCACGCCACCGCGCCCAAGAUGAAGAAGAUGACCAACAAGGACAAGAAGAAGAACCUGUCACGCAUGCAGAGGAAGUGGAAGAAAGCUGAAGAGAAGUUGCAACAGGAACUUCUUGAAGCUGAAGCUUUAGACAGCAAAGACAAGAAAAUCCAACUGCACACUGACAUCCUCAACAUGGUCUUCCUCAUCUACUUCCGCAUUCUCAAGAAAGCUCACAAGUCUCUUCUUCUUUCUGCUGUGUUGGAGGGGCUGGCCAAUUUUGCCCACUUGAUCAACUUGGAGUUCUUUGAUGACCUGCUCAAUGUGCUGCAGCGCCUCAUCCAAUCAGGGGAUCUGACCAAUCAGGAGAGUCUGCACUGCAUCCAGACCGUCUUCACCAUCCUGUCAGGACAAGGUGACGCUCUCAACAUCGACCCGCUCAACUUUUACUCGCACCUGUACAAGAUGUUACCUCAGCUGCAUGCAGGGGCACACAGUGAUGACAUCAUCAUUGUUCUGCGUUGCUUGGACACCAUGCUGAUCCGCCGCAGGAAACAGGUGACUCUGCAGAGGGCCAUGGCCUUCAUCAAGCGACUGAGCAUGCUCAGUCUGCACGUGCUGCCCAACGCCAGCGUGGGCAUCCUUGCUGCCAACAGAGCUGCCCUGCAUUCAUUUCCAAAGUGUGACUUCCUACUGGACAACGAGGUUCAGGGCAGUGGGUUCUACCUCCCAGAACUGGACCAACCAGAACACUGCAAUGCUCAGAACACAGCCUUGUGGGAACUCCACACACUACAGAGACACUUCCAUCCAGUUGUGCGCCAGCUAGCAGUCCACCUGAGUCGUGGUGCUCCCAGUGAAGGCAGCGCAGCACUCAGCGUGGAAUUGAGUCGCAGGUCCCCAGUGCAGUUGUUUGACGAUUACACCAUGAAGGACAUGACCUUUAACCCCCCUGUGGCCCCACCCAGCCACAGGAAGAAGGAUGUCUUCCAGUGGAACACCACACUGCUCCAUGCUGACUUGCAGGAAAUGAUUGACAGCGUCUUGACUGCCAGCGAGGAGGCGGAGCUUGACUUUACUAGUACACACACAUGCAGCAAACCUACUCAGUGAUGUCAUCAUCGUGUGUGAUAUCAUUGUGUGUGAAUUCAUCCUCUGUGAUAUCGAGUGUGUGUAAUGUCGUCAUUGUGUGUGUGUGUGUGUGUGUGUGUGUGAGAUGUCAUCGUCUGUGAUGUCAUCAUCGUGUGUGUGCGUGAUGUCAUGGUGUGUGAUGUCAUGGUGUGUGUGAUCUAGUCUGUGACGUCAUCAUGGUGUGCGAUGUCAUCUGCCGUCUACAAUGUGGAAUAAAACCAAGUGUUUUUGCUGACAAUCCAAGCCACCGAGUCCUGUUAAGACCUUUUAAAAAGGGUUAACUUCCACUGUCAUUGCUACUUUGACUUUAACGCACCUCGUGUGUGUGUGUGUGUGUGUGUGUGUGUGUGAUUAUCAUUGCUACUUGAACGUCAUUAAAAACAUUUUAACAUA